GUGCGCCAGUGAGCCACACAUCUGUUGAGGACAGGUGAAAUAACACAUGCAGAGGGACAACAUGAUGUUCUCGAACUCUAUGACAUUAUGGACAGGUGCUCUGCUUAUAUUGAGCGUCAGUCUAUGGAGCUGUACAACAGCUCAAAGUGACGGGGCAGCGGAUUGCUGUUUAACUACCAGUCACCGGCGCAUCCCACAGAGGGUGGUGACGUCCUUCACCAUUCAGACCAGCGAUGGAGUCUGCAGGAUUCCUGCCACUAUAUUUGUCACAAAGAAGGGCUUGAAGCUCUGUGCGCCCUUUCCCAGUGAGAAUAACUGGGUAAGCAAACUGAUUGACCACAUACUGGCAGCACCUGUACACAGAAAACCUAAAGGAAAGAAACAGAGGCGACAGUGAAUUACGCAGGUCCAGCCUGCUCUCACACUGUCCGGCGCGUGUACAACACUGAUCCUGGAACAGAGAGCUGAUAGCACUCAUCCUUAGUAAAUGAUCAUUCUCAUGUGUACAUGUGUACUCUAGUAGAGUGGGUCAAAGUUUGAAUCUACUGUCAUAUCAUAGGAAGAUGAGAUAUGUGAACCCUUUCCCCCACUGGUCUACAUGAAGAGAUUUUAAGCUAAUAUUUCCACCAUUUAUGGAGUAUGUAUUUUGUCUACAUUGUAUAAAGUUACUGUGGGUUUCCUGAGCCAUUGAAUGAAAAUAUAUAUUUUUCUUUUUCACAUUUUCACUGUAUUUUGGAAUAUAAAUAAAAUUUUUAACAUGAAAA